CGGGGCAGGCUUGGUCUACAUCAUGCUACUUUCUCAUUGCCCACACCGCCAUCUCCACACCCACAGAGUGCUUGGCCCAGCUUUGAGAACCACUUUGCCCAAAGCUCAGCUCUCUACCUGCGAACAGCCCCAGGUUGGCCCUAGAGUGGCAGAAGGCCCCAUUGUGUGAGCCAGUACCAUGGAGGCCUCGGUGCUGAGCCCCACGUCCUGGGAGAAACGGCGAGCCUGGCUGCGGCAGAGCCGCAAUUGGCAGACCCAGGUCCUGGAGGAGGAGGCUGCCGCCGCCCUGCAGGAUGUCCCCGAGCUUGAGCCUGCCAGCUUGGAUGACGUUUUCCAGGAAGGGGAUCCAAUCAAUAAGAUUGAAGGCUGGCUGCAGGAUUGUGGCUCCUCUGAAGAAGGACUGUUGGAAGAAGCCGGACAGUUCAUCAACAAUGGAUGCUCCAGCUUUGAAGAUGACUUGACUCUCGGGGCAGAGGCCACCCUGCUGGUCUCCAAUGGCAAGUUCUCCAGCAGAUUCCUCCAGCCAGCUAGGCCAUGCCAGCUACAUGAUCUUGGCUGUAGUUUGGCUUCCAGCAGCAUGACUGGUGGGACUAACAAGACUAGUUCAAGCAUCUCAGAGAUCCUGGACAAGGUACAAGAAGAUGCAGAAGACGUCCUCUUCAGCCUGGGCUUCGGCCAAGAGGACCACAAAGACACUUCUCGGAUCCCUGCACGAUUUUUCACUACUCCUUCGCAGGCCAGGGGUAUUGAUUUUCAGCUGUUCCUGAAGGCGCAGGUGCGGAGGAUUGAGAUGGAGGAUCCCUGCCUCAUGCUGGCCAGCAGGUUUAAGCAGGUGCAAACUCUGGCUGCCACUGCCGAUGCCUUCUUCUGCCUCUACUCCUAUGUGUCUAAGACACCUGUUCAAAAGUUCACACCAUCCCACAUGUUCUGGAAUUGCAACCCAUCUGAUGUGCCCUCAAUCAGGGCCCCAGAGCCUGAACCUCACUCACCCAGAGACCGCCUCCGGAAAGCCAUCUCCAAAAUGUGCCUGUAUACAGGUUCCCGGGACCGGCUGUCAUUCCCUUACACCCCUUCCAAAAGGAACAGUUUGGACCAAGUCGUGUGGGAAGUGAUGGACAGAGUAAGAGGAGAGAAGCUGGUCCUCCAAGAGGGUUCUGGGUUUGAGCAAGACUCACCAGAAGGUCCUGUAUACCCUACAGGGAGCACAGAGCUUUCUCUGCCUUCCUCUCCAUGUCCUCCCUGCCCUAAAGAGGACACACAGCAGGCAGCACUCACCGUGAUUUCACCACCACAAAUUCUGGAUCCUAACUGCAAGGCACCCUGUUGUACACACUGUCUGCCCAGAGAUAAUCCACCGUGGAAUACAAAUCCAGCACAGGUGCAGAGAGAACUGUGGGAACUGCAGGCCACCACCAAGGAAGCCCAUGCAGCUAAGGAUGAGACUUGUUGGGGAAAAAAGAACAGAGCAAGAAAGAGCCUAUUUCAGAAGCAACCCCUGGACAAGAAGGCCAAGUCAUUGGACCUGCCCAUCAACCAGCAGAAGUGGGAGCCAAGCCCAGACAGAUCAGAACUGCGCCAAUGUCAAAUCCACCAGCUGCAGGACUUGGAGAAGGUAUAUGGCUGUGUGGACACUAGUCACUCCUUAUCUGUGGGGGAUCUAUUCCAAGACCCCAAAUGGAUGCCUAAAGCCAUGGAUAGUCCCAAACCUGAUAAUACCAAACCCUGCGGGUGACCUGAACACAAGCACUGUUGAUAUCAAUAGCAGUUGAUCCUAUAACUGAAACAGCUCCAGGGUGACUAACAGGUGUCAGUAUACACAGAGAGGAUACUUUGAAUAAAACGAUGAUUCAUGUCCUGGGUAUGGGAGUUCAUCAAACUGCAUACACCAGAAAACGAUUUGAAAUGCAUGAACUGUUUAUUUCUGAAAUUUUUCAUUCGUUAUUUUUGGACUGUGGCUGACCACAGGAACUGAAACGAUGGAAAGUGAAACUGCAGAUAAGAGGGGACAACGAGACACUGUCAGGGAAGGGGACUCUCAGAGACCAGCAUCAUCCUCUGCGACAGCGAGAAUGUUCAAGACAGCUGGCUCUCCAGAUGUUGUCACCACCCGGUCAUUCACAUGUGAAAAGUCAAACAAACUGAAAAGCCAGCAGCUCUUCUGUGGCCCUUGGAAGAGAGUGGGGGUCACAGAAAAAAAAUCACUGUGUCAAACUUCAGAGACUGACAGACAAACUCCAAGAUGUGUGUCUUCCCAGAGAAGAAACUCCCAGGCAGGAACCAGGACUCGGGUAUAACAACCCAGGCUACAGCUAAGGUGCAGCAGGGCAUCAAGGUGGAUUCAUGUGAGAGAAAUUCUGGGACAGCCCAGGCAUCAAGGCCCCUGCCACUUCUGGCUUAAAUUUUACCUCCAGAAGCUUGACCAAGUUCUCACAGCAACUACUGACCAACCUAAUGCUCUGGAUGGGAAAAGAGAGAAGGAACUCUUCUGAAAGGCACCGGAGUUCAGCAAGACCCUUGGCCUCACAAUGCCCAGUUCCCAGAGCCUCACUUGCUGGGCUUUUACCAGAGACCAACUAACCUGGGGGAAUGGAAGCACUCAACUCCAGGCACUCCAGCCAUCCUGUCCCACGUCAGGGAGGAGGCGGCUGAGAUGCCCCUGUGGGGUCCACAGUCCCGGGAGACAGAACCACUGAUGACUGAGGGCCGUGGAACACUGUCCCCUACAGCUUAUCCACCACAUCCCUGAAAGUCUCUUUGCCGAAGUUCCUUUUAGCAGGAACAUCACUUUAGGGUCUCAAGCAACAAAAAUGACAGGCUGCUUUCUAAAAGAGAAAAGACACAGGUUGGAGAGGGAGAGUGCGCACCCGAGGGAGGUUUCGCUACGACAGUGACGUUGGCAUUGUCAGAGUGAUAGUCAGGACAACAGUGAUGAACACGCCAGCAUGCAAUAGUCGGAAAGUUGGCGUCUCUCCAAAUUCACGGGAUGGCACCAAACCCUCAAGGUCAUGGUUUUAAGAGGCGGGCCUUAAAGGGAGCUGCACUUUCAAGAAUGGGAUUGGGAUCUUUGUCAAAGAAGCUUGAGGGAGCCCCCUGCCCUACGUGAGGAGA